AUGAAGGCUCUGAAUUCUACAACAGCAUCAAAGAUUCAAUUUUGCAGCAGCUUCAGUUUAAGAAAUCGACUUUCCUUUACGAACAAUUCGAUUCUGUACAGUUCGUGCAAUUGCAGAAAUGGCAGCACCCUCACAAUCACUCUCUCUUUCAGCAGCAACAAGACCGUAUUUUCUAAGCUCAAAACCUCCGAAAACCAGAGCAGAAAAAAGGGCAAGAAGGCCAUCUUGCAAGUUCCCACGACGACGAAAAUCGAGGCGCCGGAGCCCGGCGGAACCCCGGCGGAUGCGGGCGGCGGAAGCGGCGGAGGUACCGUGAAUCCGCCUCCGUCUGCGGCGGAGGGACGGGGCGAGAAACUGGGUUCCUUGGGUUUAAAGGGUUUGCCCAGAAAAGUGUUGUCCGUCCUUUCCAACUUGUCCCUGGCUAUUGCCGAGAUGUUUGCAGUGGCUGCACUUAUGGCUUUAGGAACAUUUGUUGAUCAAGGUGAGGCACCGGAUUUCUAUUUUCAGAAGUACCCUGAAGAUAAUCCCGCGUUCGGAUUCUUCACGUGGAGAUGGAUUUUUGCACUCGGAUUGGACCAUAUGUUCUCAUCUCCGAUAUUCCUGAUAACCGUAUCUCUAUUAGGAGCCUCGCUCAUGGCUUGCACAUACACGACACAAAUUCCAUUAGUGAAGGUAGCAAAAAGGUGGUCCUUCCUACAUUCAGCAGAGACAAUUCGUAAGCAGGAAUAUUCGGAUGCUUUACCGAGAGCUUCUAUUCAGGAUUUGGGUGUUAUUCUGAUGGGCGCUGGUUAUGAAGUAUUCUUGAAGGGGCCAACUUUAUAUGCCUUCAAGGGGUUGGCCGGUCGAUUUGCACCCAUUGGAGUACACUUAGCUUUGCUGCUAAUAAUGUCCGGUGGGACCCUCAGUGCCACCGGAAGCUUCCGAGGCUCUGUUACAGUCCCUCAGGGCUUGAACUUUGUUAUAACCGAUGUUUUAAGACCGACUGGAUUUUUAUCGACACCAUCCGAAUCUUUCAACACAGAAGUUCACGUAAAUAGGUUUUACAUGGACUAUUACAACAGUGGAGAGGUAUCUCAGUUUCACAGUGAUCUUUCGCUUUUUGACAUAAACGGGAAGGAAGUAAUGAGGAAGACAAUAAGCGUGAAUGAUCCUUUGAGGUAUGGUGGAGUUACCAUAUACCAAACGGAUUGGAGUUUAUCGGCACUACAGAUAAUGAAGGAUGAUGAAGGCCCGUUUAAUUUAGCUAUGGCGCCUUUGAAAAUCAAUGGGGAUAAGAAGCUUUAUGGGACAUUUUUGCCCGUUGGAGAUAAUUCUGAGUCGACUGAUCUUAAGGGAAUAUCAAUGCUUGCUCGUGAUAUGCAGUCGAUUGUCCUAUACGACCAAGAAGGGAAAUUUGCAGGGAUUAGACGGCCAAAUUCGAAACUCCCGAUUGAUAUUGAUGGAAUAAAAAUUGUUGUACUAGAGGCAAUUGGCAGUACAGGCCUCGAGUUAAAGACCGAUCCGGGAGUGCCGGUCGUUUAUGCCGGUUUUGGUGCUCUCAUGCUCACCACUUGCAUCAGUUUUUUAUCUCAUACACAGAUAUGGGCUUUGCAAGAUGGAACAACUGUGGUUAUCGGAGGUAAAACUAAUCGAGCCAAGGGUGAAUUCUCGGAUGAUAUGAAUAUCUUACUGGAUCAAGUUCCUGAAUUAGUGGACUCGUCUGGUUCUAGGCAAUUCGACAAUAUAAGCAGCUAA